AUGGCGAGUGGAACGAAGAAGCGACGAAAGUCGCGAUCGCCAGUCCGUGAUACAGCUUCGAAACGCGCACGUGUAUCUAAAGCUAGCACGCCGAGUCGCUCCAACUAUACCGAACGUGAAUCCCAAUCCUCACGCGCUGGAUCAACAAAGAAUACAUACCCAGCGCCGAGGCCAGACAGAGCGUUCUCUCUACCCACCGGAGAAGAUUGGGUGUUCCGUGUUAGGGUCAUAUCAUCCGCGACCGACCUCGGCAAUGAUCUUUUCAAGGAUGCAGUACAAGGACUCGUCCGGACCUGCUUCCCUGACGGCAUCCUGGAUCAGCUGGGAUCACACGUCAUGGAACAGCACAUGCGCGAGGAGAAGGCGCCAGAAGAGAACAUACGCAGGAUGGCAGAGAUCUUUCGUAUCGAGAUGAUACAGCGCAUGGCCUCAAUGGUUGCCGAGCAUCUCGUUACUGCGGCCGAAGUCGACUCGGUACUGGAAACCAUGCUGACUGCGAGCGCAAGAGCUCAAGGGGAUAACAUUGGAGAGGACAUCUUGGGUCACAUCACUGCAAACCUUCUACGAUUGAAAGCAAGAGCCCCGGAACACUCGACCGAAUGGCUAGCCAGUGGUAAGGCGGAACGCAAAGAUGACAGCAGCGAUGGAGAUGUGAGCGUUGGCGAUGUCUCUGAAGAGGAGCCUAAAUUCUUCGCAAGGACCAAGAAACGCAUACAACGCAAUAAGAAGGAACAACGCGUGCGUUCGACGACUCCAGAUAAUAUCGCGGACGACGUUGAACUGGAUGUCGAUCUACCCGCGGCUUCGAAUAAACACAGAAGCCGGAAGACUAAAGACAAGAAAAUCUCUUCCAAUUGGAAAUGGAACAUCGAAGCGAAAGAGCUUGCAGAUGAAGACGUGGCUGAAGCUUUUCCACGCACGAGCGACUUGUUUGCUUAUCAUGCGCUGCCUAUUACCAGACGAAAACUUGGAUCGCACGUAUCACUGAAAGAGACACGAUGUGAGAUGCAGACAUUGCUUGAUGAUAUGCCCCAGGACGAGUUUGAGAAGUGGGUUGAGAGCUUACAGAAGCUUUACAACGGCGAUCGCGAAAUGCUAGUACGACAAGACGUUGCUAGUUCAAGUGUUGACCGGCAGAUCACUCGCGUCACUCCAGCGCCAGUCGAAUUCCGCAAGAAGGCUGGGAAGAGCACGAAAACAUCAUCAGGUAGUUCGGAUCGAUCGAAGGGACGCGCGACUAAUGCCGAGAUUGCUGUUGAGGAGACAGUCGUCAAAUUGGAGACAGCAGUAGGACUGAGUGGAAGGACAGACGAUGUAUCAGGUACUCGUGUUGCGGAAACAACAGCUGCCUUCCGCCAAUUGUCAACAGAAGCACGAGACACUAGUCGACCACUGUCCAGCGUAGAAGCAGCAGGUGGGCAAACCCACUCGGACCCUCAGAGUAAUGGCACUUUCGACAGUGCUUUCGGGAUGCCAGUACUCAGUCUGCUCUGGGGAUCGGACAGUCUGAAUGCCACUGAAUGCAUGAGUGAGUCUGUCCGCAUCACGCAAACAAUCAUGAGCAACCUGAGACAUCGCAUCUCCGCAGAUCGCAUUGUCGUGAGCGGCUUAGGUGGCGCGAACAAGACUCGCACAACGUCUGAGCUUCAUAACACUAUCGCCAGUGCUUUCCCAAAACCUGGCUCUAAGUAUAGCUUCAUGAGGAUCAAGAAGGAUAUUGAGGCGGCUCUGGUCCCAUGGGUCAUCGCGGAGCCGAGCGCUUUCCCCGAAUUGAAGGCCAUGCCUUUCGUCUUCGCCCACAUCGUUCCAUCGGUGCCAGCUGUCCUCAACCUUCUCUUCGGCUCCUGGCCCGUUGUAUCCGCGUUGAGUGGAUCUGAGAUGUGGAACGUCAUCUUACGAACUCUCCAGCGACGCGGUAUCUCCGAGGCAUCUGUAGGAGCUGCCAACAUCGACUGCUUGCAGAUCGACAGUCUUUGCGAUAAAGUCAAACACCCUGAGAUGACGCGACGUGCUCUCCUUGAACGAGUCAUGCGUCGCUUAGCCUUCUCGCACAGGGAGAACUUUCCGGAGCUGAAAGCUACACCUGUCGUAACGACUUGGGAGAGAAAGACAGGAUUGAGGUGGUGA